CUCUCCCCUCUCCCUACACCCCACCCAACCCCGCCGCUCUCCCCUCUCUGUCUUCCCCUUUUCACCCAACCCCGCCGCCGAUCUCCUCUUCCCCAGCCCCUCGCCGGCGACCUCCUCCCCACCAGCCACCCCGGCGUCCUCCUUCUCUCCUUCUUUCCAGCAGCUCCGCCGGCGACCCCCAACCACAACCCCGCCGCUGCCCCAACCCCAACCCCAUCGCCGGCGGCCUCCUCUCCCUCCAGCGCCGCCGGCCAUCAGGCCAUGGCCUCCGCUCUCUCCCGGCCCGUCCCCAAGAGCCGCUGCUGCCGCCGCCCCCACCCUCUCACCUCCCUCACGAGAAGAGAAGAGAUGGCAAGAUGGGGAUCGAGGAAACGCCCGCAGCUGCAGGUACCAGAUCCGCCUUGGACCAGGAGCUCCAUCCCCAGUUCCCCACUCAAAAUCGUGAGCGACUGUGCGUGAGUGAGGAGGCGGCCGCCAGAUCGAGGGAUUCGCUCCGUCAUCUCGCGCGCCAGGAGAGGAACCCCCAUCUGCUCCUGCUCCUGCUCGGCUGCCCUCGCGCGCGCCAUGGGGAUCUACUUCUGCUCGCUCCAGGCGCCACUACGCUGACCCAACCCUAGUGCUCCUCCUCAAGGUCAAGGUCAAGGUACCUCUGCUAAUUGAAGCCUGAUGCUCCUCUCCUCUCCUCCCCUCUCCUCUCAUGGAUGAUGGAGCAGACCUCUGCCUGGUACUCCUCGUCCCCGCGCCUCUGUUGCUGGGCUAGUGACGGUGCUGCUGCAAUUGUGCUAGUCAGUGGGGAGAAAGCUAAGAACCUUGGUCUUCAAGUUCUUGCAAGGACCAAAGGGCACCUGAGCUAUUUACAGAAGGAGGGAACCUGGCCUUCUUCAUGUCUCGCGGAAGUGUCUUCCUUUGAUUCAUUCCUGCAACAAGGAGGGGACCCAGCCUUCUUCAUGUCUCGUGCAACAAGGGUGAUUGACACUGACUACGGCAGCCUGGUGGGCGUCGUGCUCUUCAACCACUCAGAGGUGGACUUUGCCGUGAGGCCCGGCGACCGUGCCACACGGAUGAUCAUCCAUUGAUCCUGACGCCAGAUGUCGCCGAGGUGGUGGACCUUGAUGCCAUCAUUCGGGGUGAGGGAGUAUUCGGGUUCGCCGGCGUCUGAACUUCGAGCCUUGGUAGAUACAUGUAGAGAAGUGGUAUGUUUAGGUUGGUGGUGAAACACUAGGGAAGGUACCCACCUUUGGUUGUGUGUGUUUAGUUCAUUUUGCACUGGACGUGU